AAGAGAGUGUGGCGUGCCCAGACCAAGGAGCCUCGUUUUUACAAUGCGUACAAGAGAAAUGUUACUAUGUGCAGCGGGAAGUAUAUUCAAUGACCUCAGCAAGUACAUGUUUUCAUUUUCUCUCCUAUUUUUGAUGGAGGUAGUGGAACUUUCAGCUGUAGACACUGGACUUAUAAUACUCAUUGGACAAAUUGUUGACGCGUUGACUUCAGUAAUCUCUGGUUACCUUGGUGAUAUGGUUAAAGUACCCGUUCUUUCACAGAAAAUUGGAAUGCGAAAAUCUUGGCAUCUCCUGGCAACGGUUUUUAUGGGCAUCGUAGUUCCUCUCUGCAUCAACCGUUGCAUUCUCUGUGGUGGAAGACAUCAAACAUGGCUUCCCACCGUCUAUUACGGUUUCUUGUACUCACUGUAUAACAUGUGUUUCAGCGUGGUGGAGAUAAAUCACCUGGCUUUCAUCACAACUUCAGCUGGGUCGGUUGAGGAACGAACAGAUCUUAGCGCCAUCAGGACAAUGUUCAGCUUCCUUAGUGGUAUUUACAUAUACGUGAUCGCCUGGGGCCUUUUCGGACAAGACAAUAGCGAUACUCUGGGACCCCAGAGCCUUCCAGAUUUUGUGCACCUCUCGUGGAUUGCUACUGGAACAGGACUCUUCUUUGCAGCCAUCUUCCACAUUGGUACAAAGGAACCUCAACAAUGUCAGAAUAAAGAAAGCGCCACAACGGAUUGUACGAAAGCUUCUGAAAAAUUCAUUGAAGAUUUUGUACCCGAAAAUGCAAAUUCUAGACGGACCAGUCUUGCUUUUAAGUUUACUAACAUGGUUAUGGCUUCAACUGAAUAUGAAGAACAUCAAAAUGAGAUGGACGGAAAUGGAGAAACCAAAAGCCAUGAAUUGCGUGUCAGAAAACGGAGUCUUCUGCAGAAGUUUGCUGUUGCUAUGUUUGCCGACGGGAAAACUGAUCUAGAAGUACAGCAUUUUGAUAGUGAACGCAAGAAGAGUCUACGAACGCUUGAUUUUGACGACAUCCUGUUGAGACUACAACACGAAGAGCACGAACAACCAACAUGUUUUGGUGCCAUGGAAAAUCAAGUUACAAUGGACGGUAUAGCCGAUGAUCAUUCAACCGAUGAAGAAUCGUGGAACGCCAGGCAAGGAGAGAUCAAAAACACUACCGAAAAAGGUAUGUGGAAAAUGACCAUCAGCGCGGCCCCCAAGACAUCUUUUUGUAUCGUACCUAAGCAAAGAAAAUAUGGAAUGGUGCUUUUUCCGGAUGAUGGUAAAUUUGGGCUCUCUAACUCUGGAUUUGAAGAUGAUGGAGGUGAUGAUGAUAAGAAGGAAAGCCUUUGCGGUACAUCAGUUAGGAAGCAAAGAAAGUCUGUGACUUUCGAUCCUUCUGGAUUUCUGGAAAUGCCGCCAAUGAAUGGAACAGAACGACAGGAAUUAAAUCUCGAUCACACGCCUGACAACAAAACGAGUCUGGAUGAAAGUAUGCAAGAUUUUCCAAAACAACCCGUCAGAAAAAUCGAAAGAAUAGAAGGUUGCGAUGGCACUAAUAAUUCCGUAACUUCAGCGGAUAACCCUGAUCUUCUUGGUGUCCCUGUUCAAUCGACAAGUUCUAUAUCUGAGGGAAGACGUCCAAAAGGAAUCAAAAACUGGCUAAAAGAUCCAAACGUGUACAUGGUAGCCAUUAUCUUUACAUGUACACGCCUUGCGCAGGACUCUGUAAACAGUUAUUUACCGCUCUUCCUCACAGAGAGAUUAUCAUUCCCCAAGGCAGCUACCGCUUAUUUCCCACUCGUCCUCCUAACCAGUGGCUCUUUAGCGAGUUCAACGUGUAAGAAACUGAAAAGGAAAAUUGGAAGUAAGUGGAGCUACCUUCUGGCAAGUUUAUUAGUGAUGGGUGGCGCUGUUUGGAGCUAUUUUCAAACCUUCUCCAUCAGACAAUCAACUUAUGCACCAGUGGUUAUGAUAGGAAGUGGUCUGUCCAUAAUGUACGUCGUGGCACUGGUCUUCAUCACCGAGCUGAUCGGGGAAAAUAGGGAAACCAGUGGAUCAGUGUUUUCCAUUAUCACUGUAAUCGCCAGAAUCUCAAAGGGUGCUCUUAUCAUUGGUAUACAGGAAUUUUAUCCAGAAGAAAGAACCAGCUCAAAUGAGGCGGUUAGCAACUACGUACGGCAUGUGUUUGUAAUGGCGCCUGGAGUAUUAACGCUGGUGGGAUUCUUGCUGGUUUUGUUUUUCCAACCAUCUAACUUUAUCUGCAAAAGUAAAGUUUCAGAAGAUGUUGAGGCUCUACACGGCCAAUCGUCGUUUGAUGUUCAAGUUAACCAAUGUCCAUCGGGAGUCAAAGCAACGUCAGGCCACAGCUUGGAUGAUAGUCACAAUACCUCCAUCGUGGUUGUGGAUUCUUGUUCUGAGGACUCUAAACUUUGAAUUCUUUGAAAAUUGCAUUAUGUGUAGACGCUCUGUCGACCUACUUAAAGGUCAUUGCACAGAAACGCCCACGAUUUCGACCUAUACGACCCAUAACUGUUUUAUUUUUAACGAUCAAGUUAAAAUCAAAGAGAUUGUAAAGUUCAUUUCCAUCUGUUGUUCUUCAGAUUUUAGGAAAAACUCUUUCACAUGAAAAGUUUUGCAAUCGUAGAAUUCCGUAAAAUAAAAGGAGACAAGUCGUAACUUCUCGCACCGAGAUGAACAGGAGUCCACUUUUCCUAAAUUUUUUGAUGAAUAGUGAUCUUGUCUUUUUAAAGAUAAUAAUAGUGUAGUAUCUUAGUUGAAAACGAGUCUAUCUAUUUUCAAAAUUUUUUAGAUUUUCUUCUUUUCUAUUGAUAGCUAAAUGUUUGCUCGGAAAACUGUUCACAUCUCGGAACAAAUAAUGUGAACCGCUUAGAUCAAUCGCGGACAAGCAAAAGUUUUCAUACAUUAUAGCUACGUGUAUUACGACAUUCUUGGUUUUGAAGAACUGCUAUGGUCAUGUUCACAGUCUUAAUUACAUAACACUCGAAGGGUUAACACUCGAAACGUCAGCUUUGAAACUCUGUAAGGUGGCCAAUUUACAUUAUAAACUCAGUUAUAAAUAAAACCAAGUAAUAUAAGUCAACAUACGUGUUUUUUUGUUCCAGGUGAACGAACCUGGCAUAGCUUCAAGCUAGCUAAUUUGAGCAUGCGUAGUAAGAGUACGGCCGAGUACGACUCGCUCUGACGAAGGUUUAACACUCGAAACGUCAGUUUUGAAACUCUCUACCGUGGCCAAUUUACAUUAUCAACUCAAUUAUAAAUAAAUCCAAAUUAUCUUAA